AUGGAAGACUGGGAAGAUGCGGCGUUUUCAUCGCGGCACAUGCACAACAGGGUUGGACGCAACAGCGGCAAAGGAGGCGGCAGGUCUCAAAGGGGUGGCUUCUUUGACGUCCGCAAGACGUUUGGUAGCUUUACGUGCAAAUGCGUCGCCUGGGAAAAGACCUUGACUACUGGAGAAGUCCAAGCGUCUGGCAAUUCACCGGUCCUGGAAUUGUUUCGAUUGACAGGCAACGGACAGGGCAUUGCUGGCAGACUUUCUCUGCCAGGUAUGUUGCAGGCGUCGGUGAUUCUGGCUGCCAGCCGAAAGAGUCUCCAGACCAUUGUUGACAACCUAGAGGCUCAAUCCGAUGAAAGCGGUCACGGUGGCGAUGGUGCACCCAGCUUGGAUGAGCACAAUGGAAUGGAAAAGGAUUGCGAUGUUAUCGAUGCCCUGGGCGCCACUGAUACGCGUCCCGAAGAUCGCUUCGCAACCUUUGAAAAGAACAGUUUUCGGUCUCCCAAAUUCUGGUUACAAUGGUGUGGUAUGCCAACGGAAAUACCACAGAUGGGUGGUGAGGGUCGAUCUGCCCCCGUCGAAACAGGUUCCGGCUACAUCGUAUUCUCUGGUAAUGACUGUCGCAAAUUUGAUGGGACCAUCAGCUGCACGUCACUCGACUGGGAUAAUGUUGCGAUACGCGGCCACAAGAUCGCAUCACGCUCUGCAUCUGAUAUGCCAAUCCUUUGGUCGAGUAAUAAUUCGGCGCUUUAG